AUGGGGCACGAAGAUACUCUUAAUAUGAAAUCUACACGCUUUAAGAGUAAGAGGGUUCCCCCUACUGGAGCUGAGCCCAGCAUAGCCGCUCAGCCCGAAAACACUUCAGAAGAUCAAGGAUGCCAAUGGACUCAGCCUGCAAAUGAAGAAACCCUCGCCCGGAUGGCUGAGUUUGUAGCUGAAAACCCGGUCGGGAUUAUUAACACCAUAGAAGGGGGUCCGACGGGAGGGGAUAGUCAGAACUCUCGAAAGAGGACUUAUCGACAAGCUAAUUCGGAUCAAGUUGAGCCGGGCUCUCUGUUAACCGAGGUUAUCACAUUUGGACCCAACGAUCCUAUCCCGGCUGCCUCCAGUAAUCAUGAGACUCUUGUGAUUGAAGUACUUACCAAUAACUACAUCGUUAAGAAUGUGUAUGUUAACCUAGAAAACUCAGUAGAUAUCAUGUACUACCGAACUUUCAAGAGUUUGAAACUGACCAGGGAUCAACUCACUUCCGUGAGGACCCCUUUGGUAGGGUUUGGAGGACAUGUAGUCCAUUCGGAAGGAAUGAUCACUCUGAUGGUGACCAUUGGGUGUCACCUCCACUGUCACACUAUUACUGUCAAUUUCGCUGUUGUUAAAGUCGACUCUCCCUACAACUUGCUGAUAGGUCGACCCAUGCUCAACGCCCUGUGGGCAGUCUACUCCACCUAUCAUUUGAGUUUUAAAUUUUUGACUCCUGCGGGCAUGGCUGAGGUGAGCAGUGAUGUAUGUGUAGUCCAGGAGUGUUAUAUCGCCACCUUGCAGGCUGCGACCUCCUCAAGUAUCGAGCCAAAAUGA